UAUUAUUGAUUUGUUCUUCUUUUUAUCCAACUAUUUUCUAAAGUUUGAUUCAAUCAUUCUAGGUCUAUUACCGCUGCUUCUUUGAACAAUUUGCUUGACUCUAGAGAUGGAAAUACAUGCUUUCUACCCAAAAGUAAUACAAUAGUUGAUGGCUCAUCUCUGAAUGGGUUUUUGUUUUGAACAUGUGGUAACAGAAGCACUAUGACUACCCAAUCAUCCCCAAGGGAGUCUACAAAAAAAAUCAGGAUGGGUUUAUAACUUUGCCAAAGGGCAAAAAUCCUCAGCCUGCUUCAGUCCUUCUCUUAGUUCCAGACUCCUGUAAGAGUGCUAUUUCCUGGUUCUGAGAAACAUCCAUUUCUUCUGCUCUCCAGAAAGUAUAUGUUCUUUAUUCAUUCUAGUUUAUUUUCUUCUCAAUUAGUACACAAUCUAGAGAGGGUCUUUUGUUUCCAGGUUAAUGCUGCAGGUUAAUACUAUUAUUAUUCUAUAAGGCUAUGUUCAGGCUCAAAUCAAUCUGCUGCAAUUUUAGAGAAGGGUGAAACAGUCUGUAAUAUAAUCCUUGAGGCUGCCAGCAGAAUAAAUAUAGCACCGUGCACAGAUGGCUGCAGAACAAGGGAUCCAGUUAAUCUACCCUUAUGCUAAUUUUGGGUAUCCCUAUUUCCAGUUCUUCUCAGCUCCUCCCCAAGAAAUCUUCAGCACACUUCUUUUGCUGUGAUACUGUCAUUCACCACCAAAUGUCCCUCUGCAAGGUCACUGAUUCUUUAUUCGUUAGCAAUUCUAGGUCAGCCUGCUGUGAGAGUCUCCUCAGCCAAGAGAGAAUCACGUUCUGUAUCAAUGUCUCCAGACAACAGCCCUUCCCAAGCUUUCAGCAAGGCCAAUUGCUGAGAAUCCCUGUCUUUGAUGAUCCUUCGGAGGACCUGUAUAAAUACUUUGAGCAUUGCAGUGAUGCCAUAGAAGACAUCAUUCAAAGAGGUGGGAAGUGCUUAGUGUACUGUAAAAAUGGUCGCAGCAGAUCUGCAACUAUCUGCACCGCUUACUUGAUGAAGCAUCAAAAGCUCAGGCUGAAGGAUGCCUUUGAGUUCACUAAGUCACAGAAGGCUAAGCAUCUAAAUGUUGAGUUUAUCCAAUUCAAAUCUACCUUCACCUCCAAAUCCACUGAUUAUGCCUCUGUAACCCUUGGUAAUUGACUUCCACCAGAAAGAAAGAAAGAAAGAAAAUGACAAAAGGAGGAAAUGAGGAGGGAAGUAACACCCUCCCAACAAAAAAUAAGUUGAUCUAGCAAACUGCCUUCUAAUUUCCCUAGCCCUGCCAGAGCUAUUGGGAAAAACAACAACCAGAAAUUUGCCUUAUUUCACUUCUUCUCUUUCUGCCUUAGCAUUGUUUGCACUGGUUAGUAAUAGAUCUUAGGUGUGGUGGCAUCUUCCCUCUCACUGCAAUUUUAUUCUUUUCAUUAGAAAUGAUUGGGAUGGGACCUUGGACCUUUUAUAUGCAAAAUAUUUGUUCUACCACUGAACUGUAACAUUUUCCUAUAAUAAUUGCAUGCUAUGUUUUUUAUAAUUUUAGCACAAAGGGUUUGGGAGGAAAAGUCCUUAUGAACAAUGCAAUGUGCUUUCCCCCCUAC